CUACGAUACAACUGGAGGGCCACGGCACAAGCGGAGGUGAUGUUCUGGAGACGAUUCGUGACGUCGAUCAAGGAGAAUCUCCGCGGCGUGAAGCGUUGCCACAGCUACCGCGACGCGAAGUCUCUCUCGGCCUUAGCGACCUCACGAUCGACUCGGAAUCUCACGCGUUUCUCGGCGAGACGCUGUACCAAUUGACAGCAACUUCUAGGGCAAGCGAUCGUAGUUCCACUGCUGCUGCUCUUCCAGCAGCACAAGUAAUCGCGCCUCUCUCGCUUUCCCUCGACCUCACCCGGUGUCGCAUCCGCGGGUCCGAAUGGGAUUUCGCCAGCGACGGCCCUUUGAGUAGCUUGUGUGGAGGUUGUAGUAGAGCGUCAGAAACUUCCAGCGCAGCAAGCCAUCAAGCGCAGUCGGUCAUUAUUUCCAGCCAACACGGGAAACGCAUGACAGAGCUCUAUCCUGCGCAAAGCGGAAAUAAACAUUACUCCUCUCCCUACCGCCUCCGCACCUUUCUUCACUUCCUCUGUUCUGCGAGAUUCGACACGCUUCUUCUCGACGACGUUGAGUUCGGUAACACCAAACCGGCCGAAGUGACAAGGAUCUGUUCGAAGCUGUUAAAACGGACGGAGCAUCACUUUUCCGCGCAAAAGCUCAUUGGGUGCUACAGUACUGCUGGUGGAACAAAUACCACGGCGUCAGGAGGUCCACCGGGAGCAAAUCCCCACAAGAGAACCUUCACCAAUCUGGAAAAGCAGCAACUUCCCCGGGAGGAGCAAGAGGAGCAGCUGCGGGUCUUUUUCAACAGUUUGAAAACCACUAACGCGGGGAAAACGUCGGUCCGAAGUAGCAGAGUCUCAACUGCAACAGCCCGGGUUACAAGGCAAAGCCGGUUUUCGCUCAUCUCCGCACCACGGAAUCUUCCCGGGCGAAAGUUCAGAAAACUUUCCUUGAACGACUGCAAUUUGCAGGACGGCGGUUGUGCCUUGCUGGCAACUGUUUUGGCGAGAACUUGUUGUUUUCCGCUGCUGGAAGAGCUGGAGCUGCAAAAGAAUGGGAUUUCGGAAAUCGGCUUGAGAAAUCUAUUGCUGGAAACUAGAGGAAGAAGUACUAGAGUUCUGCUGCCGAGGAGAAGCAGUACUACUAGUGAAAGAUCUUCUGCAAGAAGAAGAACGAAACUGUCCUCGUCCGACGGAGAGCACCAGGGCAUUGAUUCCAUCUCUAGUCCUGCGGCCGUACUAUCCAGUCUCCCACCGUCCCUGAUGAAGUUCGACCUUUCCAACAAUGGGAAGAUGCUGCGCAGUACCAAAGGACUGGAUGUGUUGGUAGAGUGGGUCAGGCGGAAAUGCGCGGAGUUGUUGAAAGCAACACCUUCUGAAUCACAGAGCGAGCGGGAGCGCCAAAACCAAACAAAUCCAAGUUUGAGCCGCGGAGGAACCGCUGGCACCAGAUCAGCAUGCCUGAUCUGCCUGAAGCUGUCCAACUGUGGCCUCCACCUCUCCACGGACAGGAAAAGCUUGGCGAAGCUCUGGUACUGCGGGCGCCUUGCGUUUUGUGACUUGCUAGAAGUUGGCGGGCCGUUGAGGCUGGAGAGCUUGACCGCCUUUGAACCAGGGUUACGACCGGGCGGGGUGUUAAACAGUGAAAGUGGCGUCUCCACGGCGGCACGAGAGCAUCAACGUGAGCAGUUGGGUUGGCGCCGUUUGGAGAUCCAGACGGUUGAGGACGAUCAGGACGGCAUCCCGAUUGGGGCACCAAGUUCGACUUGUGGAGGAGCAACGGAGGAUCAAAAUUGCAGCGCAGCGUCACAGAGACUGAGUCACUUCGAAGAGUGGUACGUGAACCAAGCGCUGCGAGCGAGCGGAACGCAGUUCUUCCCCUCGUCUUCCGGUCCAUCUGUGGCACAGAGAAAUCGUCUUGAAAACGCCACCACAGGAGGAGAAGAGACGACCGGCGAAGACUCUUUCUUCUUCACAGGCUUAACCACGUCUGGACAUCAUCAUUAUCACGCAAAUACGUACGCACUGAAGCCUGACUGGGAUUUCUCGCCGAAGAACGACAGCCAAAAGCGGUUUGAUUACGGCAACAAAACGCAUCCGGACUAUUUGGAUUUGAAGGACGCAAUUGCUCAUGCAGCUAAUACGCAGCCAGAUGUUCUUGCAGGUUGGAACAACGGCGAUGCUCAUGAUGAGCCAGUGGGAUCUUGCUCUAGUCAUGCGGUUCUGGUCACGAGGCAAUCAUCCCACAAUUUUAGCGUUCCCGGAAGUGCUGCAGUGGCCGGCGGGGGAGCACUGAUAAACAAGACAACCACCAGCGCCAACAUCAGCAACAUCAAAGCCGCCAACCCCUCUUCGAAAAAAUCCGCGCCGGGCUCUCCCCGCUCCGCUCUUAGCCGGAACCACUCCGGGGCGUUUUUUCCGACUUACUUCGACAAUUUUGAGGACCGAGCCCCGUACGAAACGGGACUGAUCCAGCACUCGGUUUCGCGGAGGAAAGCGAUUUUGAAUGCGCUGGAAGAUUUGAUGAAAGUGAGUGCGUUCUUCGGAACAGUGCCUGUAGCCGGCGCGUCGACUACGUCUACAAGUAGAGCAUCACCUUUCGCUGGAUCAUCUUCCGGAUAUGCUGGCGCAGGGCUCGGCGACACAAACAGCACGAAAGGUGGAGGUGCGACGAUGAUCAACCCUAGUACAACUACAUCAUCAUCUCGGUUCCUGUUCGAUUUGAACGGCAAAACUAUUCCAGAUCUGUACCAAAUGCUGCUACAAGACGAGCAAAUCCACGCGGCGUAUUUUGCUUUGCCGUUGUGCCUGUUCCGGGGACUCUCCGUCUCGCCGUUUGCCUCCGCGACAUCAGCGAGCAGCUUUGGCGCUACGGGUGCGACGAGAGCGAUAGCACAGAAUCUUUGGAAAAUGAGGAAUAAAACCACGAGCAGUCCGGCGGUCGCGACAGCUACAACGCGCCAACAGCUGCAGCUCCGAGCAGCGCCAGCAGUAGUACAUGCGACCAGCAGAACUAGCAAGGCGAACUCGUCCGACAUAAGAAUCGGGCGCAAGUUGAUUUUGAUGCAGUGCCUCACGGAGUUGAAGCUUCCCGGCCUGAUUCCGGAUUUUGAAUGUUGGCAAUCGUUGGCCAAGGAUCUCACCCGGGUCUGUGUGCAGCAGUGGGUGAGUAACAUGUUUUUCCCGAGGAGUAAGAGUGGAACAAUAGCAGGAUCUAGUGCUAGUAUGAUACUGACGGAACUUCUUCCCAAUUCGCCGACAAUUACAAUCGACGCCAGCCGCAAUCAACUUGGCAAGCAAGCGGUCUUCGCUCGGGAACAGGAGAAAAACCGUGGGUUUCUGCUGCAACAGGUCGAAACUUUCUCGCCGGCGAAAGGUCCGGUGAAAGUGAAGGAGGUUCUUGCGGCCGCCGUGAGAGGUGGACAACGACUGACGGAUGGACCACCUCAUCUCCCCGCUGCUGCUGAAACACAAGAAUCCCGCAACCAGUUUCGUUUCGUGCCACAAUUACGAACGUACAGCGCAAACCACCAAGCGAGAACCCGUCCGGCCGCGGCGCGGGGGGCUGCAGGGGCAGCAGCUCCACCUGUGUCGACGGCCUUGUCUUUGCCAGGAAGUGGGUGUGCGAAGGCAGCUGCAGCAAUGCCUCCAAAGGACUGUACUACAGCUGUAGACGACGGAAAUAACCAGAUGUCCAGCAAAAGAACGAAGCUCGAAGCGGUGAGUGCGAAUCUGCAAGACGGUGAUAUUUUCCGGCUGAUCCAUCCAAAGCUUCUUUCGCGUGGUGUGCAAAAAACUGCGAUUCAAAUUAUCGACCUGUCGCGGAUAUGCAUUGCAAAUAUGUUGUCUGGGUCUGGAGCUGGACGAAGACUGCGAGAUUCGUCAUGCGUGUCUCGCAUGACUCUCGGCUCUGUGUUGCGUGGCCACGAACAGCUCCUCUUGCCUGUCAUGCAAGGACGCAGCUUCUAUGCUGAAUACGCAACACAGCGCGACGAAAAAACCUGUCAUGCUUGGCCGUGUAUUACAGAGUGCUUAGCAUUCACUGAUUUGCAUCACAACUUUUCAGGCCUGGACUUCAUGUUUGCAAUGCAUAAGGGAACAAAAUCGGUCCGAAAGGCGCGAAGGUGUUAGCAGACGGAAUAAAUCCGGUGGUGGUCGAAGAAGUAAAUCUGGAUCACAAUCUCGUUCAAGCAAAGGGCGUAGAGGCGAUUUUGGCAAAGUUUUGCACUAUUGCAAGUAGGAGCAAGCGCGGCACUGUUGCUGCGAAGAGAAUUGUUCUCUCGUUCCAAAACAACAGACUGCAACAUCCAAUAGCCUGCGUUUUUGAGGCGUUUUUAGAACAGCUAUUGAGCAGUGCUGCGAGUUGUACUACUAGCGCUGAUACGGAUCUCAAUGGAACGAAUAGGAACUACGUGAAGAAAACUACUUACGCAAAAACGCACGUCGCUGCAAAAGGUGAAACGACAAACACUAUAAGUCGACAAGCUAGCGGGUCGACUAUGAAAUACUUGUAUCAAAUAGAUUUUUCCAACAAUUGUAUGAUAUCGGAGGGCGAUGUUUUUCGUAUGAUUAAUCUGCUCUUUCAAGAGCGAAACCUCCGUACGAGUGUGUCCCUUAGUCUCGAAGGAUGUAUAGGAGGUGAUGGAACGAUAACAUCGAAGUCACGCAAACUAGAAGCCAAAAAUCCGUUUUAUUCCACAUCUAACGAUAGCAUUGGCAUCAAAGGUAGAGACGGCGAAAAGAAAAUCGCAGCGAUCCGAGAGUUGCUAGAAAUACUGAGCAAAAAGUAUGACGAAGAAAAUUUUUGGAAAAGAUACGGGAUCAACAUGAGGUCGCGAGUGACAGUCUGAGUUUUUGCUAAUAGCGCAAUUCCCUAGAAUCGAAUCACAGAAACAAGUUGACAAAAUUGCAAACAUGUUCGUGUUGAGUUGACAUUGGAGAAAAGCCACUAGACGGCACUAUCAACGGUGAAAAAUUUUUGAAACAGUUUCAGAGCGUAAAGCUACGGGACGCCGUAGCCUCAAAAAUUGAUGAGGUCAACAAUUGAUCUAUCUCCCGAUUGAGGAGACAUGCUGGUGGAAAAGUGUUCGCAUGAUCCCUCAGAAUAGCAUGUAUUGUCAAAUUAUAGAUAGUACAGAAUUAGGGCGAAAAA